AUGGCGCAACAAUCACUGGUGUUCGACACCUACCUCACAAACUACACCUCCGGGCUUGGAACCCCCACAGACCCGCCCACGGACAUGCCCGCGGAGUACCAGGAUCCCACCCAGCUCCGGUCCAGCUCGUCUGCCACUGCCGCAGCUAUGGCUGCAACUGGCUACGGUUUCGAGCGACUCCAUGAAUUGCCCGAGUUUCCCUCUAUGGAGGUGCCCGAUCUCAAUUCCCAGCUUGAAUUGCACAACGAGGUGUUUUUUGGCCCGCCAGCUGACGAAUACUCCCACAUAAGAGCGCUGAUGUCGUCAUCUUCGUCGUCGUUGCCGCAACCAAAAACCACUGCCAAUACCACCCCGGAGUUUGUUUCUCCGCCCAAACAUCACCGACUGUCUUCCACGUCGAGUCUUCCCAUAGACCAACUCAAUUUGUUGAGCAUCAAGCCACCAGCUCCCUUAUCUUCGACGCUGACUCCGUCUCCACGAAACGGCAUUUUCCCCAGAUCCCAGGACCAAAACGACCUGGAAAAUCCCACCAUUAAUCCGCUCCAAUUGCUCAAUAUGCAACCCAACCAAGCCUCCGCUUCCACCCAACCAAACAACAACGGAACCGCAAAGUACAUUCUUCCAUCUUCAUCGUCUUCUCCAGCUCUUUCCACACUUUUCCUCGAGAGCCAAAAUGGCUCCAAUCCACCAGCACCCAAACGGCUGCACUCCAUCAGCUCUCCCAACGCAUUUGACUUCAAUAUGAACGACGAAUGUUUCAACGCCAUUUCGUACUGGCUCAACAAUACCCUCAAGAAUGCCGACGAGCGCGACCUUCGAGCAGCGGAAAUUGUCGUCAAUCCCACCGGAAUCAUCAAGCCUCCUCAUUACCGCCGGCGCAAUUCGAUCCAGGUUGUUAGUCGGCCCGCCGACAGAAGAAUGGAAACCAGACGAAGACGUCGUAGUUCCAUGAUGGAAACUGACGAAAAUGUCGACGAAAAUGUGGAAGAAGACAUGGAAACCAAUACAGGAAACGACCCACACGCCCCACAAUCAUUACCCUCUGCCUCAUCAACAGCAACUACUCCAAUGACGCCGGUCCAUAAAGUGUCUCCAAGUUCUACAGCCGACGAUGACGAUGAUGGAAAACCAUUUCCCUGUCCAGAUUGUUCGAAACAAUUCAAGCGGUCCGAGCACCUCAAGCGGCAUAUCCGGUCGGUGCAUUCUAACAUAAGACCGUUCCAUUGCAAGUAUUGCGACAAGAAAUUCAGUAGAUCUGACAAUCUUGCCCAGCACUUGAAGACACACUACAAGGUCAAUGCCAAUGGAUCUACAUCGAUUAUCUACGGCAACCCCAAUGUGCACAACAGAGGAGGAAGAAGGGCCAGUAAGUAG